AUGCCGAAAGGGAACCGGGCCAAUCCGAGCACCAUCCGGGACGGUACCUGGUUCAAACAGUGUGAAAACUUGCAAAUAUAUCCAGAAUCUCUUACAGCUACAAUGCAAAAGCAGAUAUUUAAUAUAGAUGACAAUUGUCAAACUGGAAAAAAUGUGCCACAGAUGUACAAAGAACGUGAGAAAAAACCAGUAAAUACAUUUCCAUUUUCAAUCCAUGACAAUAGACAGUUAUUGACUAUGGGAGAGUAUUUAGAUUGUGUAAGAAAAUUUCAAGACAAGCGUCAACACUAUUCGCAAAACUACUAUUUUUUGGCCCAUGAACAGAUUCCGAGCAGCAAUGCCUACCAUUCCAUUUAUCAGUCUUCAUUUGUCCAAUAUCCAGAUAUUAAGUCCAUUCUCGGUCGCUUUCCUAAAAGCCACGUCGAUAAAUGCAUGGCUCUACAUUCUGCACCUAAGAAUGAUUACAUGUGGUUUUCAAAAUUUAACACUGGUUCUAACCAUCUAGCACCUACAGAGGCUACUAAAAGCUCAGAACCUGAAAAUCUUUCAACUGCUGAAGAAGAAAUAAAAUAA